ACCCGGGUAUCUAGCUCCCAGUCUGGAACCUUGAAACGCUCAUUUCCUGGGAAGAGGGGUGGCGCUAGCCUACGGAGCGUCUACCAUAAACACGCUCGGCGCACUCACUCCACCCGCCUUUGGAGGCUGGCAGUGGCGUCCUCCCAGCUGGGAUGGGCGUGGGGCCGAGGGUUUGCCACUCGGUCCCCAGGAGGUUCCUCCAAAGCCAGCCGCAGCGGCAAGUCGCGGCGCGCAGAACCCACGGAGGACCCGCGCCCGAGGAAACUGGUGCCACCCCGGCUCGCUCCAAGUGAACCGCGCUGUCGCCAUUCAUUCGCAGUGUCCGGGGCGUCCUUCCAGCGAGGAGCUGGGCUUCGCCGCGGGUGCGAGUGGCCCCGACACGGAGUGUUAACGCUCAGUGGGCUCCGGGGCUCUGGGCUGCUCGGGACCGAGGCGGCCCGGAGCUUCGGUCGGUGCCGCGGGAGCAGCCGCGCCCCGGCCCAGCUCGGCCCACACCGCGGCGCCGAAGCAGUUCGCGCGGCCCGCAGCCCUGCCCGCCGCCCAGCCGGACUCCGGGACUGAGCCACACCGCUUCCCCCUCCUCCCGCCGCCCUGGGCCGCAGCAGCCGGGCUGCUGCCGGCGGGCCUGGGCGUCUGCGGCUGCGGGCUCGCGGGGGGAGGCGGCGGUGCGCGGGGAGGAUGCUGCUCACGGUGCCCGCGCCCUCGCCGUCCACCUCGGCCGCCCGCGGGGGCUUUGUUGUGGCUGGGGCGCUGCGGCCCACCCGCUGCUGAGGUCCCUUUCCGCCGCCGCACCCAGCGGGCAGGCAGGCGAGCGUGUGCCGGGGGUGCGCGCCCGUGCGCGCAGGUGUGUGCAGGAGCCGACCCGCCACCCCAUUGUGCGUCCGCCCGCGGCGCCCGGGAACAUGUGGGUGAACCCGGAGGAGGUGCUGCUGGCCAACGCGCUGUGGAUCACCGAGAGGGCUAACCCCUACUUCAUCCUGCAGCGAAGGAAGGGGCACGCAGACGACGGAGGAGGCGGCGGCGGUGGCGGCGGACUGGCGGGCCUCCUGGUGGGUACCCUGGAUGUCGUGUUGGACUCCAGCGCCCGGGUCGCUCCCUUCCGAAUCCUGUACCAGACUCCAGACUCUCUGGUCUACUGGACCAUCGCCUGUGGUGGUUUCAGAAAAGAAAUCACCGAGCACUGGGAGUGGCUGGAGCAGAAUCUCCUGCAGACCCUGUCCAUCUUUGAAAACGAGAACGACAUCACCACGUUUGUGAGAGGCAAAAUACAGGGCAUCAUUGCCGAGUACAACAAAAUCAACGACGUCAAGGAGGACGACGACACGGAGAAGUUUAAGGAGGCCAUCGUGAAGUUCCACCGGCUGUUCGGGAUGCCCGAGGAGGAGAAGCUGGUCAACUACUACUCCUGCAGCUACUGGAAGGGGAAGGUCCCCCGCCAGGGCUGGAUGUACCUCAGCAUCAACCACCUUUGCUUUUACUCUUUUCUCAUGGGCAGGGAAGCCAAGCUGGUCAUCCGCUGGGUGGACAUCACUCAGCUGGAGAAGAACGCCACGCUGCUGCUGCCCGACGUGAUCAAGGUGAGCACGCGCUCCAGCGAGCACUUCUUCUCCGUCUUCCUCAACAUCAAUGAGACCUUCAAGCUCAUGGAGCAGCUUGCCAACAUAGCCAUGCGGCAGCUCCUGGACAACGAGGGCUUCGAGCAGGACCGGUCCCUGCCCAAGCUGAAGAAGAAGUCUCCUAAAAAAGUGUCCGCUCUUAAACGCGACCUGGACGCCAGGGCCAAGAGCGAGAGGUACCGAGCCCUCUUCCGGCUGCCCAAGGACGAGAAGUUGGACGGCCACACGGACUGCACGCUCUGGACCCCGUUUAACAAAAUGCACAUUUUGGGGCAAAUGUUCGUGUCCACAAACUACAUCUGCUUUACCAGCAAGGAGGAACACCUGUGCAGCCUCAUCAUCCCGCUGCGGGAGGUGACAAUUGUAGAAAAGGCGGACAGCUCCAGUGUGCUCCCCAGUCCCUUAUCCAUCAGCACCAGGAACCGGAUGACUUUCCUGUUCGCCAAUUUGAAAGACAGAGACUUUCUGGUGCAGAGGAUCUCCGACUUCCUGCAACAGACGACCUCCAAAAUAUACUCAGACAAAGAGUUUGCGGGGAGCUACAACAGUUCGGACGACGAGGUGUAUUCCCGGCCCAGCAGCCUCGUGUCCUCCAGCCCCCAGAAAAACUCGAGCUCUGAUGCCGAGGGGGAGCGCCAGUUUAACCUGAACGGCAACAGCGUCCCCACGGCCACGCAGACCCUGAUGACCAUGUAUCGGCGGCGGUCCCCCGAGGAAUUCAACCCGAAAUUGGCCAAGGAGUUUUUGAAGGAGCAAGCCUGGAAGAUUCACUUCGCCGAGUACGGGCAGGGGAUCUGCAUGUACCGCACGGAGAAGACGCGGGAGCUGGUGUUGAAGGGCAUCCCAGAGAGCAUGCGCGGCGAGCUCUGGCUGCUGCUGUCAGGGGCCAUCAAUGAGAAGGCCACGCACCCUGGGUACUACGGGGACCUGGUGGAGAAGUCCAUGGGGAAGUACAACCUGGCCACAGAGGAGAUCGAGAGGGACUUACACCGCUCCCUCCCAGAACACCCUGCUUUCCAGAACGAGAUGGGCAUCGCUGCUCUGCGGAGGGUCUUAACGGCUUACGCUUUUCGAAACCCGAACAUAGGGUACUGCCAGGCCAUGAAUAUUGUCACAUCGGUGCUGCUGCUCUACGCCAAAGAGGAGGAGGCGUUCUGGCUGCUGGUGGCUCUGUGCGAGCGCAUGCUCCCCGAUUACUACAACACCAGAGUGGUCGGUGCGCUGGUGGACCAGGGUGUCUUCGAGGAACUGGCUCGCGACUACGUCCCCCAGCUCUAUGACUGCAUGCAGGACCUGGGCGUGAUUUCCACCAUCUCCCUGUCUUGGUUCCUCACCCUGUUUCUCAGCGUGAUGCCCUUUGAGAGCGCCGUUGUGGUUGUUGACUGUUUCUUCUAUGAAGGAAUCAAGGUGAUAUUCCAGCUGGCGCUGGCUGUGCUGGAUGCCAAUGUGGACAAACUGCUGAACUGUAAGGACGACGGGGAGGCCAUGACCGUUUUGGGAAGGUACCUGGACAGCGUGACCAAUAAAGACAGCACGCUGCCCCCCAUCCCUCACCUCCACUCCCUGCUCAGCGACGACGUGGAGCCCUACCCCGAGGUGGACAUCUUCCGGCUCAUCAGAACUUCCUACGAGAAAUUUGGGACUAUCCGGGCAGAUCUGAUCGAGCAGAUGAGGUUCAAGCAGAGACUGAAGGUGAUCCAGACCCUGGAGGACACCACGAAACGGAACGUGGUACGAACCAUCGUGACAGAAACGUCUUUUACCAUCGAUGAGCUAGAGGAACUCUAUGCUCUUUUCAAGGCAGAACAUCUCACCAGCUGCUACUGGGGCGGGAGCAGCAACGCGCUGGACCGGCACGACCCCAGCCUGCCCUACCUCGAACAGUAUCGCAUCGACUUCGAGCAGUUCAAGGGGAUGUUCGCCCUUCUCUUUCCCUGGGCCUGUGGGACUCACUCGGACGUGCUGGCCUCCCGCUUGUUCCAGCUAUUAGACGAAAACGGAGACUCUCUGAUUAACUUCCGAGAGUUUGUCUCUGGGCUCAAUGCCGCCUGCCAUGGGGACCUCACAGAGAAGCUCAAGCUCCUGUACAAAAUGCACGUGUUGCCUGAGCCCUCCUCUGAUCAAGACGAGCCAGACUCUGCUUUUGAAGCGACUCAGUAUUUCUUUGAAGAUAUCACCCCAGAGUGCACACACGUGGUUGGUUUGGACGGCAGAAGCAAACACAGCGCGGACGACGGCUUUGUGACCGUGAGCCUGAAGCCGGACAGAGGGAAAAGGGCAAAUUCUCAAGAAAAUCGCAUUUAUCUGAGGCUCUGGACUGCAGAAAAUAAGUCAAAAUCAAAGAAUGCAAAGGAUUUACCAAAACUGAGCCAGGGGCAGUUCAUUGAGCUCUGUAAGACGAUGUAUAACAUGUUCAGCGAGGACCCCAACGAGCAGGAGCUGUACCACGCCACGGCGGCCGUGACCAGCCUGCUGCUGGAGAUCGGGGAGGUGGGCAAGCUCUUCGUCACCCAGCCCGGCAAGGAGGCGGGCAGCGGGCCCUGCAGCCAGGGCAUCCCCGGCGUGCCCUUCCCCAAGAAAGGGCCUGGCGGCGGCGGCGCACCCUUCGGAGUGGAGCCGGUGGAGCCCCACGCGGCCAGCUUGGCGGGCGACGCCGAGGACCACUCUCUGGGCGGACAGAUGGAGGACAUAAAGCUGGAGGACUCGUCCCCGCGAGACAAUGGCGCCUGCUCCUCCAUGCUCAUCUCCGACGACGACACCAAGGACGACAGCUCCAUGUCCUCGUACUCGGUGCUGAGCGCCGGCUCCCACGAGGAGGACAAGCUGCACUGCGAGGACAUCGGGGAGGACACGGUGCUGGUGCGCAGCGGCCAGGGCACCGCCGCGCUGCCCGGGAGCGCCAGCCUGGACCGGGACUGGGCCAUCACCUUCGAGCAGUUCCUGGCCUCGCUGCUCACGGAGCCCGCGCUGGUGCGGUACUUCGACAAGCCCGUGUGCAUGAUGGCCAGGAUCACCAGCGCCAAGAACAUCCGCAUGAUGGGCAGGGCCCUCGCCUCGGCCAGUGACUACGAGAUCUCCGCCCUGUCCGGCUGACGCGCUCCUCCCUCCGCCGGCCGGGAGGGGCGGGGCGGGGUCUUUUUUAUGUUCUCUGUUGGGGUUUCUUUCUUUUACAUGAAAUAUUUAUUAGGGCCCGGCUUGGAACCUAGCGUUUUCAUAAUAUCAUACAGUGAAGACUGUUGGAGAAAUAUUUAACACCUCGCUGUAGGUACAGUGCACUCUUGUUGGGGAAGGGGGGUUACCAGAAUACAGUUUAUUCAGUGAAUUCCAAAAAAAAAGAUGAAUCUGUUCGUGAUAUGUGUGUAUUAUAACUUCUUAGUCUUGCUGUUGAGCUAUAUACAUGGUUUAAAAAAAAUAGUGCUGCUUAAUGCUAAACAAGGCAGCAGCCAUUUGCGUGUUGGGGCGUUUUAAAAAAAUCAGAGCUGGAAGGAAAAUGAAGUGGGAAAAUGAAAUGACCUUAAAUGGGACAGGCGCUGUCAGCUAGGGUAAAUCCUAUACCACUUUGGGGAGCAUUAAAACUAUUUUUUAAGAUUUAAAAUAUAUUUCAUAAAAAGUCCUGUAUUCAAAAAUUAUAUUCAACAGAAAUUCCCCUGCAAGGGAAAACAUUUGAGAUUCUAAACCAUUAUGAAAGUGUGAUUUUUAUGCGAUGCCAGAAUAAUGGUUCUAUUUGGUCAAUUGAGACAAACAGCAGACCAGUUUCGCAUUAAAAAAAAACAGUUGUUAUUUGUGUCAGCUGCCAGAAUUCAGUGGAAAUGAAGUCUUGUUAUAGAGUCAAAGUGGACGUGAGGGUGACAGAGGGCUCGGGAAUUUUUUUCUCUUUUUAGAAAGACUGAUGCUUCUGAUACUGGAUUUUCAGCUUCUUAUUACUCAUUACAAAGAAAGCAAAAAAAUAAAUAAACUUUACCAUCUCCAUAGUCUCCAUAGAUUCCAGAAACUAUACCAUGUAUCAUAUAUGACCAUCUUUCCAAUUACAUCAAUGUCGUGAUAAUGUCAGCUGAAACAACAACAAAAAAAAAACCCUGCAAGGUCACGUAACUGAAUGUUUUAAAGCAGAACUGUGUCACUUUAUACAGAAGGAUAGUAUGCUCUGUUUCCCGAGUGGACGUGGAAAUGGAGACUAGCACACCUGCACUUUGGAGUCCUGCUUCUGUGUCUCCGCCGUUCUCGUCGCAGACGUUGGGGGUGGUUUUCCCUCCCACCGUUCGGUUCACAGCCCUGGUCUCCGUUCCUUUGCUUCUUCGGAAUAUUCCUUUCGACCCAUUCCUUUAUUUUAUUACACACUGUGUCCUUAUUUUAGCUGUUACUGCUGGAGUUUGUUUUUUUUUUAUUUUGUUUACAGAAUGAUUUUUAAACUGUCAAAUGAAGUAGUGUUAACCUCAAAUAAGAUAAUGUGAACAAAUAAAAUACAUCAGAUACUCAGAUA